AUGGUUGAUCUUCGCCACCUCCCUUCUCUCAUCCGCCUCACCAUCCACGCUUCCCUUACAUCCGUUGCCUCUGUCCUCCGUCACCUCCUCAAGGAACACCUCCUUCCCGGAAACUCCCUCGCCCACCUAACGCUCUCAGUGGGCUUUCUCACCGGUGUAUCAUACCGACCCUCCACUUGGCGCACCAUCGACAAGGCCCUCGCCGACGACACACUCUUUCCUGAGCUCCGCGCCGACAGCAUAUUCAUCACCACCCACGACCCGCCCAGCGAGUAUCUCGACUACACCCUCAGCGUGCUUGCAGCGGAGCCCGGCGUCCGCCUGCCCAUCGUCCAGUCGCUGCGAGAGCAUAUGGCGGAAUGCCACGAGAAACGGCUGCUCAGAAUCGACACCGAUCGCAUCCCAACGGUCACGGCACGUCGGACACGGCGCACAAGAGGAAUUUUUGAGCGAGAAGACGUUCAUUCUACUCGGGCAGCUGUUUACACAGGAUAUAGCAGUACAUAG